UUUACUUUCGAGAUAUCUGCCAAUUUUGAAACUCAAAACCUUCUGUAAUUUUGUAAUCAUUUACUCGAGUGCAUUCGAGCAUAAAUCCCCUUUAGAUUUGUUGUUCUUCAAGCAUUUCUCGAGCAGCUACAGUAUAUAUAAGACAAAUCAGCUCAACGCGAAGUGUAUUUGCAUAUAAAAUGGGACUUCAGGCAAGCGAAAAGUGGGAAAAGGCUGAUUUUUAUUCCGUGUGCUGUGGCCAAUUCUUCACGUCUUAGAUUGCGUAAAAUUUUACCAACAGCGCUGUAAAAAAAGCCUGCAUUUCUUUCACGUCAUCAAAAAAGAAUAUGCUCCAUUUGGAGGCAAAAUUUUAGAGCAAUACAAUUCUUUUACGUCAAGAAGUCAGUCCCUCCUAUAUAUGUUGCAUUGAAAUCCUGUGUCCAUUUUACCCAGGAAGAAAAUUACAAAAGCUUCUAUUUUAAAUGGACUUUAUCUGAAUCGGUUAUUUUCCAUCAAAAUAAACUGCCUGACUUCCUUGAAAUACUUCAUUUCACUGGAGCAGAACACAUUUGUUUCGAAUAAAGUGUUGCCCGACAAAGAUUGUUUUCGAAUUCAAUUUGAAAUAAGUUCGAACUUCUGCUUCUUUUACAAAGUUCUCAUAAAAAUGCUUAAUUUACAAAUUUUAUCUAUUUUUCUUUCCUUCCUAGAAAUUUACUCAACCAAAGUUCUCCUUCUUUCGCUGGACGGUUUCAGAUGGGACUACUUUUACAUGCAUAAAGAGCAACUGCCCAAUUUGCAUAAAAUAGCCCAAAAUGGCGUGUUUGUUCACAAUGGCCUGAUGAACAAUUGGGUGACUAAUACAUUCCCCAGCCAUCGAUCUCUACUAACUGGACUAUACGAAGAGUCCCACGGAAUUGUCGGCAACACAUUUUUCGCGCCCGAAUUGAACGAUACCUUUUAUAAAUGGACGACGGAUGAGAAAUUUUGGAAUUGGUCCACGCCAAUUUGGAAAGUUGCCGAAGAUCAGGGCGUGCCUAGUGGGUGUGUCAGUAUUGCUGGCUGCGACGUGAAAGAACAACAACCGAGUCACUUCGUCGAAUGGUCCCGGGACUACACAUUUCGCGACUUGAUUGACAAGUCAGUCGAUAUGUUCAUGAAGCCGAAGAGUAGUAAAGGACGAAGAAAUGUUGACUCUUCAAAGGAAUCAAAGAAACCAGCUGAAGCUGUUUUCUUUUACUAUUAUAAAGUUGACUAUGCCGGCCAUAAAUAUGGCCCGGACGGCAAAGAAAUGAAAGAUGUUCUCAAAGAAGUCGACAAUGAAUUAGAAUAUUUGGUCGAUCGGCUUGCAACUCUUAGGAAUUUCUACAAUAUUUACAUAGAUUUGAUAAUAACCUCGGACCACGGUAUGCUUUCGAUAAACAAGACCAUUGUUUUGGACAACGACAUCAAUAAGUCAGUCGCGAAAGAAGUAGUGAAUCGCGGUAACAUAGUCCAUAUAUGGCCAUAUAAAGACCCCAGCAUGGAACCCAAACUUAUGGCCGCUAUAGACAAGAUCCGAAAAAGAUACCCGAAGGGUUUUAAAGUGACUCGCAAAGAAGAUUUGCCAGACAGAUUGCACUUCAAAAAGAGCAUUCGGUGUCCCCCUUUGAUGUUGAUUGCGGAACCUCACUACGAGUUUAUCGACCAAGAAGACGAAGACGAGGGGAAACAGAUUCGGGGAAAUCACGGUUACUAUCCCGAACGAAAGGAUAUGCACCCAAUUUUCAUCGCCAGCGGAAGAUCUUUCAAAGAGAACUACAACCACACCAGCCCCCAAAUACAGCUCGUAGAUGUAAUGCCCCUAGUUGCGCACCUGUUAAACAUAACACCCAAUGCCAACAAUGGAAGUCUUAGAGGUGUGAACAAACUUCUAGUCCCAGGGGUCGCAUCGAACCAAACUUUCUGGAUUGAUAGCGCCACGAUCAAUUCUGUAAAUCUGCUGUGCUUGCUUUUAUGCUGCUUAAAAAUCCUGUUUUAAAAUCAUAAACUGAUGCACUUUAUUGUAAGUCUAUAAUAUUCACACAAGUAAUUUUGAUACUGCUUGCAAUAAAAUUAUAAUUAAAACAAUAAGCGAC